CCACGCCCGGACGCUUGAUCGACCACAUGGAGAACACGAAGGGCUUCUCCCUCCGAGCGCUCAAGUUCCUGGUCAUGGACGAAGCCGACAGAAUCCUCAACAUGGACUUUGAGACGGAGGUGGAUAAAAUCUUGAAGGUGAUUCCCAGAGACAGACGCACCUUCCUGUUCUCCGCCACCAUGACCAAAAAGGUCCAGAAACUCCAGAGAGCGGCUCUCAAAGACCCCGUGAAGUGUGCCGUCUCCACCAAAUACUCCACCGUGGACAAGCUGCAGCAGUACUACAUCUUCAUACCGUCAAAAUACAAG